AUGGAUCUCUUAAGCUGGAACUGCCGGGGCCUGGGGCAGCCCCGGACAGUUCAGGAGCUCGUCACCCUGACGAGAAUGCACAGCCCUAAACUCAUUUUCCUGUCGGAGACAAGGCAGAAUAGCGAGUAUGUUCGAAGGCUGAGAUGGAGAUUGGGUUUGAAAGAAUGUUUUGCGGUUAAAGGUGAAGUUUCACCUCCUGAAAAUCACAGGGGACCGAGGCCGAAGAGAUAUGAGACCUUUUGGGAGCGUGAGGAGGAACUAUCAGAGGAGAUAAAGACUGCAUGGCUACACACGCAACCUGUCCAGCAUCUGGGUGACGUGGUUACUAAGCUCUCUGCUACCAUGUCAGCACUGCAUACUUGGAGCAGAGAGAAAAUUGGUUCUAUAUCCAGAAAACUGGAAGACCAUCGAAAACGGAUUGAGCAGCUUCAACGGACUGCAAGCGAUGGAAAUAGCGGGGAAAUUAAAAAGCUACAAUGGGAGAUGGAUGAGCUUCUCUAUAAAGAGGAAAUGAUGUGGCUACAACGGUCUCGGAUUUCAUGGCUGCGCGAAGGAGAUCGAAAUACUAGUUUUUUUCAUCGCAAGGCUGUCUACAGAUCAAAGAAAAAUAAAAUUCAAAAGCUGAAGAACUCAGUUGGCAGGUGGAUCGACAAGGAUGUGGAACUGGAGGCUUUGGCCACGGGUUUUUUUCAAAAGUUGUAUUCAAGGGAUGUAAAUGUCGAACCGGUUCAGGUCAUAGAAUUGUUUGACAGAGUUAUAACGCCUGAUAUGAAUGAAGCUCUUUGUAGGAACUUCUCUGAGCAGGAGAUUGGGGAUGCCCUUUUCCAAAUCGGACCACUUAAAGCGCCUGGACCGGAUGGGUUCCCGGCGAGGUUUUUCCAACGGAAUUGGGAAGUUUUGAAGCAGGAUGUUAUCUGUGCAGUUCGGAAAUUCUUUGAUGAUGGCAUCAUGCCGGAGGGUGUAAAUGAUACCUUUAUAGUCCUUAUCCCAAAGAAGAAUGAUCCAGAGGAGCUAAAGGACUUUAGGCCUAUAAGUUUGUGUAAUGUGAUAUAUAAAGUCAUCUCCAAGUGCAUGGUAAACCGGAUGAGGCCUCUUAUGCAAGACUUCAUAUGCCCGACACAGAGCGCCUUCAUUCCGGGAAGGAUGAUAACUGACAAUGCACUUAUUGCAUUCGAGUGUAUCCAUACCUUGCAGAAAAAUAAAGGGGCACAAGGGGAAUUCUGUGCAUACAAGUUGGAUUUGGCGAAAGCUUAUGAUCGUGUUGAUUGGAGCUUCCUGGAGGAGAUUCUUUUGAGGCUGGGCUUUCAUCGACAAUGGGUUCAGUGGAUUUUAACAUGUGUAACCACUGUUCGCUAUUCGGUUUGUCUCAAUGGGCACCUUUUGGCGCCUUUCUCUCCUUCCAGGGGGCUCCGGCAGGGAGAUCCUUUAUCGCCGUAUCUAUUUCUGUUCGUGGCAGAUGGCUUAUCGAGGAUAUUGCAGCAUGAAACUCUCUCGGGACAUUUACAGGAGCUUCGGAUCUGUCAAGGAGCACCAGGUGUAUCACAUCUUUUGUUUGCCGACGACAGUCUAUUGUUUUUUAAGGCUAACCAGGAACAAGCUUUGGUAGUUAAGAAUGCUAUUCUUAAGUUCAAAAGAAGUACAGGCCAGCUACUUAGUAAUGCAAAGUGCUCUAUCAUGUUCGGCAAUGCUUGUACUGAUGUGGUCCAGAAAGAAGUAAAAGAAGUGUUGACAGUUCAACAGGGAGGUUUCGAGGAGAAAUACCUUGGCUUGCCCACACCACAGGGACGGAUGAAGAAUGAUAGAUUCCAAUCAAUCAGAGACAAGUUUAACAAAAGGCUUACUAAUUGGGCAGAAAAGUAUUUGUCUAGCGGAGGUAAAGAGGUCCUUAUAAAAUCUGUCAUGCAAGCUCUUCCAACUUACAUAAUGGGAGUUUUUAAACUCUCCUCAACACUGUGUGAGAAUUUGAUGCAGCUGGUGAGAAAUUUCUGGUGGGGUGACGAACAGAAUCAACGUAAGUUACAUUGGAUUGGAUGGGGCAAGUUAAUUAUGCCCAAGAUGCAUGGAGGCUUGGGCUUCCGAGAUUUCAAACUCUUUAACCAGGCGCUCCUUGCCCGUCAGGCGUGGAGGCUCAUCCAAAAUCCGAACAGUCUGUGUGCACGAUUGUUGAAAGCAAGGUAUUUUCCUAAUGGACCAUUACAUGAUACGGUGUUCCCUGCGGGAGGUUCUCCUUCUUGGUCAGGCGUGGUACAUGGACUGGAGCUAUUGAAGAAAGGUCUCAUUUGGCGGGUUGCUACAGGGGAAAAAGUUCAUAUAUGGAGAGACAACUGGCUUCCAAGAAAUGGUGCACUCAAAAUCACAUCUCAACCGAAUAGCCAGCGUGUACGACGAGUGUCACAGCUCAUAUUGCCAGGGACUAGGAACUGGGAUGCAGUCACCAUUCGAAGUUUGUUCCUGCCUCAUGAUGCUUAUGAGAUUCUACAGUUGAAACUACCGAACACAUGCUAUGAAGAUUUCCAAGCUUGGCAUUACGAACGUAAUGGCAUUUUCACGGUCAGAAGUGCAUACAAAUUGGCAUUGCGUGAGCAGUUCCCGGCACCUGAAGCCACCAGCAUUCAUGGAGAUGGUGAACAGAAGAUUUGGGAGAGUAUUUGGAAAGCAAAUGUGCCGACAAAAGUGAGAAUUUUUGCAUGGAGACUUGCGAGAGAAGGACUUGCAACUCAAAAAGGCCGAUACCGACGAUCGUUGUGCCCUAUGGCUACCUGCGAAAUCUGCGGCAAUGGUGAGGAGGAUGGUUUCCACGCUGUUGUUCUAUGCACAAAGUCCAGGGCCUUGAGGGAAGCAUUACGCCAACAUUGGAGUUUGCCAGAUGAAAUUGAGUUAAGGUAUACAGGCCCAAAUUGGUUACCUUUGCUGUUGGACAAUUUAAACAAUGAAAUGUGCACGCAAACUCUCAUGCUUUUGUGGAGAGCAUGGCAUCUAAGAAAUGAUAUCAUUUAUGGUAAAGGUGAGGCCACAAUUGGCGCUUCAGUGGCGUUCCUGCGUAGUUAUGUUCAAUCUCUGCUCGGCGUGCGUCUACAGGAAUGCAUUGACAAAGGAAAAAACCUGGUUACUGGAUCUCACACGGUUUUGGAUGUUGGCCUGAGGAAAUGCUGGUCAGCUCCUCCACAAGGGUGGGUAAAAUUAAACUGCGAUGCCAGCUUUGAUUCAGUAUCAGGAGCAUCAACAUGUGGUAUUAUUAUCAGAAGCUGUCGAGGACAGGUUUUAAUUGCUGCAUGGAGUAUACUUCCUGCAUGUGCCAGCGCUACUGAAGCUGAAAUUCUUGCAGCACUAGAGGGAGCAAAAUUACUAGUGGACUGGAUCAGCCAGCCGGUUAUCUUCGAAUCAGACUGUGCUGCAGUGAUUCAGGGACUUUCGAAUUCCUCAUUGAAUCGAUCUCAUAUGGGUUUGGUUUACAGGGAAAUCAAAGACCUACUGAAUUCUCUUUGGGGGAUACUCAUAAGGAAGGUGAACAGGGAGUGUAAUAGGGUAGCUCAUGAGCUUGCUCAAUUAGCAAAAAGGAGUGCGGGGUCUGCGGUUUCGCACCUACACGCGCCUCCUUGUGUUUCUGAGCUCCUUGCAAAUGACUGUAAUUCUACUACUUUUGUUUAA